GACAAUUCACAGAUUUUAUGUUACAAGUAACAAAUGACACUUGACAGUUGUAAUUUAUAGGUUGUAAAUACAAGUCAGCUGACUUUAAAUUGUAAUAUUUAUGAAUUAAUCGUUGUUAAAAUGUGAUCAGUGUUGUGUUGUGGCCAAGAUGAACAAGAAUCUACAAUCCCCCACGAAAUUAACUGAAUUCGCGCCCAUUCAAACGGAAGAAAAGCCCCAAACUGUGGGUCAGUUCAUUACCAAGAUUUUCAAAUUUAAUAAAGGCCCAAAUUCGGAAGAACAAAACUCGGGUUUAACCCCGAAUUCGGAUAAUGUGUCUCAGGAGUCUCUACCGACAUGGGCAAUCGAGUCAGACUCGUCUGCAACCCCUUUUCACGUAGAUGUGAACGAGGGGCGAAGCCUUCCCAAUGUUUUGAAACGAAUCAGUAAUUUACUAGCAUUAAAAACCACGAACUUGCAAGACUAUUCAGACACCGAACUGAAACAAUAUUGGAUGCCGGAUUCUGUGAGCAAAGAAUGCUACCAAUGUUGCGAAAAAUUCACUACGUUCAGACGCCGACAUCACUGUCGUGUCUGUGGCCAAAUUUUUUGCUCACAGUGUUGCAAUCAACAAAUUCCGGGAAAAAUUUUCGGAUGUACUGGUGAUUUAAGGGUUUGCACAUAUUGCUGCAAAGUGGUGUUAUCAUAUCUACAGUCGUCAGAUGUUGGGGCUGACCUAACUGCCGAUUUAAAGCUCCUCCAAGAGAAUUUACAAAGCAAAUUCGGCAACGAUGUUCUCUCCCCAACUGUGCAAGACAACAUACAAAAUUUGAACAAGGAUUCAGUCGAAGUUGGGAAUAUUUUACGCCGGAAAAUUUCCGUGGGGUAUCAGGAGGAGAAAUUCGCAUCUGGACAGUCUAGUAUGUACCUCACCACGGAAGAAAAAUGCAAAGCGUUACAAAACUCAGUAUCGUUGCGCGCCCUCUUUGAGGAAAUUUGUCGAACCACAACGGGGAUUCCCUUAGGAACGCAUAGAUACCGUUUGAGGACUUACACCGAUUGUUUUUUGGGUUCGGAAUUAGUCGAUUGGUUGAUUUGUCAACAAAAAGCCAAUAGUCGAGUUCAAGCAGCUGCAAUAAGUCAGGCAUUACUUGAAGGGGGUUAUAUUGAAUGUGUCUCAGAUCCUUGUUCUUUUGUUGAUGGUUACGCCCUCUACAAACCUGGCAUUUUUGUAACACCUGAAGUUCUAAAUCAUAAUUAUUUUGAAGUUCCGAAUCAGGAAGAACCAAUUUGGGUACAACAAAUCCCACAGGAAUCAAGCACCACUGAUUCCGAUAACGAGCAAGUCUCAGUCAAAAAACGUGGCCCUUUGACCUCUUCAUCUUCGUACAUGUUGGAUUUAAAUGUUGAAGCGAACACUGUGUAUUUAUCACGCCCUCUAGCGUCAAGUUAUAGCAUCCAAUCGGGUGAUUCUGGUGAUGUGAGUUGUUGUGAGACGGAUAUUACAACUGUUCGAACAUCUGAACAAAGAGAAUUUGUUCCUGAAGCUGGUUGGCACAAUGCGUCAAAUUUGCGCGAAGAAAACGGCGAAAAAUUGGCUUAUAAUCUCCUAACGGAAGCGUACCAACAACACGAACAAGGUUUAUUGAAACAAUUACUAGCGUCUAAUGGUCUGUUGUUAUCAUGGGCUGACGUGAUAAUCCCACUUUGUAACGAAAUAAUAAAUGUUAUACGACCUGACAAAAACCACGAUGCUGAAGAUUUAGAUAUUCGACAUUAUAUAAAAUUUAAGAAAUUAUCAGGUGGUUCACGAACUGACACUAAACUGAUAAGUGGGAUUGUUUUUACGAAAAAUGUUGCCCACAAAGGAAUGUUAACCGAAAUUGACAAUCCAAAAAUCCUUCUUUUACAAUGUUCCAUUGUUUACCAACGAACAGAAGGCCGUUUAAUGUCACUAGAGCCGGUCCUGAUGCAAGAACAUGAAUAUUUACGUCACGUGGCUGCUCGUAUCGUUGCCCUUCAACCAGAUAUCGUUCUCGUUCAUCGAAACGUCUCCCGAUUGGCUCAAGACCUAUUACGUCAGCACGGCAUCACCUUGGUGCACAACGUCAAACAAAGUGUUUUAGACCAAUUGGCACGUUGCACAGAGGCGGACUUGGUCACGGCUGUAGAUGCCCAUAUUGGGCGCCCCCGUCUUGGCACUUGUAAAAAAUUCUAUUUGAAAACGUACAAUGUUGAUAAAGGCGGAGCUAAAACGUUGAUGUUUUUCGAAGGUUUGCCUAUGGUGCAUUUAGGCGGGACUGUGCUUUUAAGGGGCGGGUCUAGACAGGAGCUCACCCGAUUGGAGAAAGUUGUUUCGUUUUGUUUAUUUGCGAGUUAUAAUUGGCGGUUAGAGAAGUCGUUUUUGAUGGAUGAGUUUGCGCAGCCGCCUAAUCCAAACUGUGAAUUUUUGGAGGAUAGUAGUAAGGAGAGUUCGCCACGUUUGCAAACUGUUGUGAAGUAUGACAGUGGAGGGAAGAAGAUGAAUAGUGAGAUGGUUGAGGAUUUUACAGAUCCAUUACAGUCAUCAUUUGUUGAAAGUAUGACCGAAGGAAAGGAAAUCUUAGCGGUUGCGGAAUUGCCAUUUUCGAAUAAUUUUCGCAAAAGUUUAGAUGAUUCGAUUUUGUGUAUUUCACCGUAUUUGAUGUUUUCGGUGCCGUAUUUGGAGACGGAAGUUGGAAAAAAAUGUAAAUUGAGGAAGUUUUUUCCGACGGAAAUUUAUUUCAGUGAACAAUUCACAAAUCAGACAAAGGUCAAAAUCAUUAAGGAUAUCGGCGAGGAUGUGAAAGAGAACGAGCAGAAAUCUGUCAAGCCCUUACAUCCAUUUCUACGUACAAAAAUCACAACAAGUGUUGAUAAUAAUGAGAUUCAGUCAUUAUUGGCUCAUUUCCGCGCUUGUGGUGGCAGUUACGAAAAGCGUGAAAUUUUAUGUAAACCCCCGGUACAAGUCGACGAGGAAAUUUUACAAAACAAGGACAAGAACUAUUACAAUAAACUUGAUGUUCUUGAAAUCAACAAUCACCAAAGACUUUCAGUAUUAUUUUGUAGUUUUAGUCACGAGUCGACCAAUUCACCGGCAUUUUGCGUAAAUCCUUGGAUUGUUAAUAUGAAUUUUUACGGCUCAAAUGACAUUCCAUUGGGUUGUUUUCUCGAGCGUUAUUGUUUCCGUUCAACUUAUAAUUGUCCGUCAAAGCCUUGUGGUACCCCAAUGUUUAAACAUAUCCGACGUUUCGUCCACAAUGCAGGCUGCGUCAGUAUCUCUCUGAAUAAUUUCGAUAACGAAUUCACCGAAGAAAAUAUCGUUAUGUGGAGUUGGUGCACCAAGUGUCAAAGUGUAUCACCAGUGGUCCUCAUGUCGGCUGAUACUUGGUCGUUUUCUUUUGCCAAAUAUCUCGAGUUAAAAUUUUACGGUGGUUUGUAUAGUCGAAGAGGGAAUACACCGUGUGGUCACAGUUUGCAUCAUGAUCACUACCAGUAUUUCGGCUACAAAAAUUCAGUGGCGUCUUUCAAGUAUACACCCAUUCAAGUGUGGGACAUUUCUCUACCUCCACCUGUGAUCUACAUACAGUAUGAUAUAGAAAAACAGCAAACCGAAUUAAUUGACGAAAUACGCACAAUGGCGCAAAAAGGCCACGAAAUUUACUCUCUCAUUUUAGAAAAACUGUCUUGUAUUCCAGCCGAACUUGAAGGUCUAGGCAAUUUAAAACAAUUACUACUAAAAGAACAAACCCAAUUCAAGCAAAAAGUCGAAGAAGUGCAAUUAAAACUCACCUCACCGACAAUUGAAAAUAAACAAUUUGACGAAACACCCGAAAAACUACAUAUCGCUUAUUGGAAAAUCUCCGAUUCACUUAUCCGUAUCAAACGCCUGAUUGUUGAAACUGUAGACAAUUGGAACUUGCGAUUAUCCGAAAGUGCACGUAAACGAGACGACAAAAAGAAAGACCGAACUUCGUACAGCGAUCUCGAAAGUCCGACAAUACCCGAAAAUAAAACACUAUCAGAAACAGAUAUUUCACACAGUGAGACUUCAAAUAGUGCUACCAUAACGAAAAAAAUCAAAAGUUUGGAUCAAAGUGACGAGAGUGAAUUGAGCAUGUCUUCAUCACCCAAAUGUCACCAUAGAUCGCAAUCAGAUGGUACUGUAAUGUCACACAAUGAGGAACAAAACGAUUGUAAGAAAGACAGUGACAAAAAAACCGUCAAGAAUAUACUGUCGCAACUUUUGCCCUCAUCAAGUGCCCUCACCCUAAUUCCGAAUCCGUUCAAUCCGCAAGACCACUACACGCUCCCGACCGGUGUUUCGGUUCCUAUAAUAGUCUACGAGUCCGAACCAAGUUCGAUAAUAGCUUACGCCUUGAACUCGUACGAUUAUAAAAAAUCGUUUGAAGAUUUGACGAAAAAAUCAAACACUGAACAAACUCCUAGUCCCAUAGUAAAGCGCAAAAACCCAAAUACGGAUAAAAACGACGAAACAUCGGGCCUUUUAGGUUUUCUACGAAACAAAAACGAUCUCAAUUCGCCGGUAUCUGCAUCGGAAAGUCCACAAAAUAUUGAAGUGACUGAAAAAUCGAAAAAUUUACAUAUUGAAGUGCAGUUUCAAGACACACAUUGUAAUUUCUUCUGUCGGACUUACUUCGCUGAAAAAUUUGCGAGUUUGAGGGGUUUAGUGUUGCCUAUUGGUGAAGAGGGUUAUGUUAGGUCAUUGGCUAGGUCGGUCCAAUGGAAUGCUAGAGGAGGAAAGUCUGGUUCGAAUUUUGCUAAAACAGCCGAUGAUCGUUUCGUGUUGAAAGAAAUGUCCAAAUCCGAAGUCCAGUUGUUUUUAGAAUCAGCACCGAAUUAUUUUAAUUACAUGCAAAAGUGUUACGGGACGGGACAACCGACACUUUUAGGCAAAAUUAUAGGAAUCUAUCAGAUUAUUUUCAAGAAUAAUAAUUCAAACGUUACUUUGAGAACAAAUCUACUGGUCAUGGAGAAUUUGUUUUACAAGCGUACAGUGUCGCAGAAAUUCGAUUUGAAGGGUUCAAUGAGGAACAGACUGGUCGUGCCCGAUAAUCAAGAAGGCGAAAUUGUUUUGUUGGACGAAAAUCUUCUCAAAAUGACUUGUGAUGCUCCGCUUUACAUUUUACCACACUCGAAGGCCGUUCUCACAGCUGCUAUCCAGAAUGACACCGAGUUUUUAUCAGCACAGUCAGUGAUGGACUAUUCGUUGUUGGUGGGUUUAGAUUCUGAAAACCGGGAGUUGGUUCUUGGAAUAAUAGAUUACAUUCGAACGUUCACGUGGGAUAAGAAGCUCGAAACCAUGGUGAAAAAAAGUGGGAUUUUGGGUGGGCAAGGGAAAUUACCAACAAUUGUCUCUCCAGAAGAGUACCAGAAAAGGUUCAUUGAAGCCAUGCAUCGAUAUUUUUUGGAAGUUCCCGAUCAUUGGGCUGGGUUGGGCAAAGGCUUGGAAUUUUGAUGUGUUUUUUUUGUAUUAUAUUUUAUGUAACACGUUUUAAUAAAAACCAAUUCGAAU